CGUGAGCAGCUCCAUUACUGCUCCGAGCCAGCCCGAUCUCCUUUCCCCUAACCUACCUGCUAGCUCCCUCCUCCGAUUCAGCCUCCCUCGCCCCAUACUGCCCUCGCCUCGCCCGUCGGUCCGGCUCCGGCGGCCAGGCCGGCCCUCCCUCUCCUGCCUCCCUCGCCUCGCCCCUCAGCCCCCUCCCCUUCAGGCUUUUGCCAGGCGGGCGUCCUUCUCCCUCUCCUGCCUCCCUCGCCUCGCCCCUCCGGCCCUCUCAUCCGGGCUCCGGCUUCUGCGGCGGCGCGGAUCCGUCAGGCGCCAGUCCGCCGCCGGCCUCCACUGCUGCCCGGACCCCGGCCCAAGUAGCCGCUCGGCGUGGCAGCGCACCAGUGCCCUUCUCCUCACCUCCGCCCCCGGUCUACCAAGAAUACCCAGGAGCAAAUUCCGGGCGCCUCCACUGUGGAGGAGGAGGAGCCGGGGAGGAGGCGAGGAGAGCAGGGCACAGAUGGAGGCGUUCAGGAAGCAGGCGAGCAAGUUCAAGGAGCAGGUCGCCAAGCAGCAGCAGGCUGUGAUAAAACAAUUCAGCACUACUGGUUACGAGCGUUCAGAUUCUGUUGUCAUUGAUGAAGUUGAAUUACAGCAACAUCAAAGGCUUGAGAAAUUGUACAGUUCUACUCGUUCUGGAAGGGAUUUCCAAAAGGACAUAGUUCGCGCAGCUGAAGGUUUGGUGUCUAUUGGAAGCAAGCAUAUUGAAGUGGGAACAAAAUUUUCUGAGGAUUGCUAUAGAUAUGGAGGUGAAAAUAAUGCUGAUGGUGAAGCUCUUACAAAAGCCACAUCAUUGUAUGGAGGUGCUUUGAGAAAUGUUGAGAAAGAGUAUGAGGAUUUCAAUAGAACUUUAUGUUCUCAGACCAUAGAUCCAUUGAAGGCGAUGGCUGUGUGUGCUCCCCUAGAAGAAGCUCGUGGUCUUGCACAACGUUAUAGCCGGAUGAGACAUGAAGCUGAGAUACUCUCUGCUGAGAUUGCUAGAAGGAAGGCACGGGUAAGAGAAACUCCAGUUGCUGAGCACACUACAAAACUUGAGCAAUCUGAAGGUAAGAUGAUAGAGCACAAAGCAAGCAUGGCUGUGUUGGGAAAAGAGGCUGUUGCUGCACUUGGUGCUGUUGAAUCUCAGCAAAAAAGGGUGACUCUUCAGCGCCUGGUUGGCAUGGUAGAAGCAGAGAAGUUAUUCUAUUUGAGAUUAGCUGCCAUACUUGAUGAUGUUGAAGCAGAGAUGUCAUCCGAGAAGCAAAAGAGAGAGUCUGCACCUCCUUCGCGUAAGCGUGCCGAGAAGUCCCAGUACUUCCUCGCCGAGGCAGUGCAUAACUUCAAUGGCACCACAGAGAAGGAACUGAGCUUAAUUAUUGGUGAUUAUGUUGUUGUUCGUCAGAUUGCUCCCAAUGGUUGGGCGGAAGGGGAAUGCAGAGGAAAGGCAGGGUGGUUUCCGGCUGGCUAUGUCGAGAGGCGCGAGAAUAUCCCCCCGAAUAAAGUCUUCCCACAGGCAUAGUCGGCGACUUAGUUUCUAAUGCUUCUAGUUGUCAUGUACCUAGAUUCGCACUGUUUUCUCUGCAAGAACUUGGUAUUUGUUUGUUGUACUAUAUUUAUCUUGCACCUCUCACGCGUUCAGAACAUGCCAGAUUGCAAUGUGAGCUGCUUCCUUUCCAGUGUAAA